GGACAGUGUGGUCCCAACUCUAUGGUCCGCGGAGGCGGAGCCUGCGGCCCGGUGCACGCCGGGCCGGCGGCGGGUGGGCUCGGGUUCCUAUCAUGGCGGCGACGGCUGCGGCGGCGGCGGCUUUCCGGUUCUGGCACUGGGCCGCCCUGCUCGUCCUUUCGGCCGCGGUCUACGAAGACCAAGUGGGCAAGUUUGAUUGGAGACAGCAGUAUGUGGGGAAGCUCAAGUUCGCCUCCUUGGAGUUUACCCCUGGAUCCAAGAAGUUGGUUGUGGCCACAGAGAAGAAUGUGAUUGCAGCAUUAAAUUCCCGGACCGGGGAGAUCUUGUGGCGCCAUGUUGACAGGGGCACGGCAGAAGGGGCUGUGGACGCCAUGCUGCUCUACGGACAGGAUGCAAUCACCGUGUCCAGUGGAGGCCGGAUCAUGCGUUCCUGGGAGACCAACAUUGGGGGCCUGAACUGGGAGAUUACCUUGGACAGCGGCAGUUUCCAGGCGCUCGGGCUGGUAGGCCUGCAGGCAUCAGUGAGGUACAUUGCGGUCCUGAAGAAGACCACUCUUGCCCUGCAUCAUCUCUCCAGUGGGCACCUAAAGUGGGUGGAACAUCUCCCAGAAAGUGACAGCAUCCAUUACCAGAUGAUGUAUUCCUAUGGUUCUGGGGUGGUGUGGGCCCUCGGAGUUGUUCCCUUCAGCCACGUGAACAUUGUCAAGUUUAACGUGGAAGAUGGAGAGAUUGUUCAGCAGGUUAGGGUUUCAACCCCCUGGCUUCAGAGUCUCACUGGCGCCUGCGGUGUGGUGGACGAGGCUGUCCUGGUGUGCCCUGAUCCGAGCUCCCGGUCCCUCCAGACCUUGGCCCUGGAGACAGAGUGGGAGUUGAGACAGAUCCCGCUGCAGUCUGUUGACUUGGAAUUUUCGAGUGGGUUCCAGCCCCGGGUCCUGCCUACGCAGCCCAACCCAGUGGAUCCUUCUCGGGCCCAGUUCUUCCUGCAGUUGUCCCCGAGCCACUAUGCUCUGCUGCACUAUCGUCACGGGGUCCUGAGUCUGCUCAAGAACUUCCCGCAGGCUGCCCUAGUGAGCUUUGCCACCACUGGGGAGAAGACGGUGGCUGCGGUCAUGACCUGUCGCAGUGACGUGCAGAAACCUAGCAGUUCUGAAGAUGGGUCACUGGGGAGCUUUUCGGAGAAGUCUGGUCCCCAGGACUCCUUGGCUUGCUUCAACCAGACCUACACCAUUAAUCUCUACCUGGUGGAGACAGGCCGGCGGCUCCUGGACACCACCAUCACCUUCAGCCUGGAACAGAAUGGCACUCGGCCAGAACGGCUCUCCAUCCAGGUGUUCUUGAAGAAGGACGACUCCGUGGGCUACCGGGCCCUGGUGCAGACGGAGGACCACCUGGUGCUGUUCCUGCAGCAACUGGCAGGGAAGGCGGUGCUGUGGGGCCGGGAGGAGUCGCUGGCCGAGGUGGUGUGCCUGGAGAUGGUGGACCUGCCCCUGACGGGCGCUCAGGCUGAGCUGGAAGGCGAAUUCGGCAAGAAGGCAGCAAUUCAAGACGGCUUGCUGGGAAUGUUCCUGAAACGCCUCUCGUCCCAGCUCAUCCUGCUGCAGGCGUGGACUUCCCACCUCUGGAAGAUGUUUUACGAUGCUCGGAAGCCCCGAAGUCAGAUUAAGAACGAGAUCAACAUUGACACCCUAGCCAGAGACGAAUUUAACCUCCAGAAGAUGAUGGUGAUGGUGACAGCCUCAGGCAAGCUUUUUGGCAUCGAGAGCAGCUCUGGCACCAUCCUGUGGAAACAGUAUCUCCCCAACGUCAAGCCAGACUCCUCCUUCAAACUGAUGGUCCAGAGAACGACUGCCCAUUUCCCCCACCCCCCGCAGUGCACCCUUCUGGUGAAGGACAAGGAGACAGGAAUGAGCUCGCUCUAUGUCUUCAAUCCCAUUUUCGGGAAGUGGAGUCAGGUGGCCCCCCCGGUGCUGAAGCGCCCCAUCUUGCAGUCUUUGCUUCUCCCCAUCAUGGAUCAAGACUAUGCCAAGGUGCUGCUGUUGAUCGAUGACGAGUACAAGGUCACGGCGUUCCCAGCCACUCGGAAUGUCUUGCGACAGCUCCACGAGCUCGCCCCUUCCAUCUUCUUCUAUUUGGUGGAUGCAGAGCAGGGACGGCUGUGUGGAUACCGCCUUCGAAAGGAUCUUACCACUGAGCUGAGCUGGGAGCUGACCAUUCCCCCAGAAGUGCAGCGCAUCGUCAAGGUGAAGGGGAAGCGCAGCAGCGAACACGUUCAUUCCCAGGGCCGCGUGAUGGGGGACCGCAGUGUGCUCUAUAAGAGCCUGAACCCCAACCUGCUGGCCGUGGUGACAGAGAGCACAGACGUACACCACGAGCGCACCUUCAUUGGCAUCUUCCUUGUUGAUGGUGUCACUGGGCGUAUCAUCCACUCGUCCGUGCAGAGGAAAGCCAAAGGCCCCGUCCACAUCGUGCACUCCGAGAACUGGGUGGUGUACCAGUACUGGAAUACCAAGGCCCGGCGGAACGAGUUUACCGUGCUGGAGCUCUACGAGGGUACUGAGCAGUACAACGCCACUGCCUUCAGCUCCCUGGACCGUCCCCAGCUGCCCCAGGUCCUCCAGCAGUCCUACAUCUUCCCCUCCUCCAUCAGUGCCGUGGAAGCCACCAUCACUGAGCGUGGCAUCACCAGCCGCCACUUGCUCGUUGGGCUGCCUUCCGGAGCAAUUCUUUCCCUUCCUAAGGCCUUGCUGGACCCCCGCCGUCCCGAGAUCCCGACAGAACAAAGCAGAGAGGAGAACCUCAUCCCAUACUCCCCAGACGUGCAGAUACACGCAGAGCGGUUCAUCAACUACAACCAGACAGUUUCUCGAAUGCGAGGGAUCUACACAGCUCCCUCGGGCCUGGAGUCCACUUGUUUGGUUGUGGCCUAUGGUUUGGACAUUUACCAAACUCGAGUCUACCCAUCCAAGCAGUUUGAUGUCCUGAAGGAUGACUAUGACUAUGUGCUGAUCAGCAGUGUCCUCUUUGGCCUGGUUUUUGCCACCAUGAUCACGAAGAGGCUGGCACAGGUGAAACUCCUGAAUCGGGCCUGGCGGUAAAGACCCAGGACCCACUGCGGGAGAGCAGAGCGCCGAGGGCCGUGAGGGUCAGACAGGAAGCUGCGGCAGCAAUGUGACAGGCUGGGGGAGGACAUGCAUUGGUGCUGUGUCAGCUGAGUCAUGGGGAGAAGAGGGACUCUCGUGGAGACUCCUUUCGGGACACAUCUGCUGCGGCGUCGGUGGCACACGGAGGCUGCACUCCCGCGUUGUCUCAGCCGAGAAUCUCGUGUCGACGGACUUGCCCUCAGAGUCUGAAGGCCAUUGCCCUGUUUCCUUUUUUUGCCCAUUCAUGAACGUUGUUUCUCACUAAGACCCCCAAUAGAUUUUCUCCUUUGUGAGGCCUGCUUGACUUGAAGGUGGUUUGCCUCUUGUGUUUCCCAAGCCUGUCUAGAAAUCCUUCCAUUUCCUAGCCUCAUGCUUCAAGGUCAGGAGGGCACUCUUACUGGUAACUCAACCUCUUAGGUGCUUUUGCUAUUUUACAUCGAGAAAGAAGAUCCAGGCUUAGUUGAGGCUUUAAAGACUGAUCCAGCUUCUCAUCGAUUUUCUCCAAAGUAAGUUAGAAUUGAGGAAUCUGUACAUGGUGUCAAGAUUCCCUUUAACUGAAUCCCUGGUUUGGAGGCUGUCAUUCAUCAGGGGGGCCACCCUGUCCUUGAUUCAGUUCAUCAGAGUUAAGGGCGUAAUAGUGUCCUGGCUUUUUGGGUCCGUGCUUUUCACCUAAGAUGUGUCCAAGCUGAGGUCUUUUUAAUACUACUGAGUUGUCUCAACCUGCAAGAGAUUCCAAGGGAGGAGAGAACCUACCCAUUUGUGGUACCUCCUAACCUCUCAUCUCACUCCGAGGCUGGUCUAGUCCUCUUGUGAGCUAGAGGAAGCUGUCUUGUUCAAGAACCUCAUUAUUUAUUUUUACUUUUAGAUAUAAAUUAAUGAGUGCCUCACGUAUUUCUCCUGAAGUGAGUAGAUUUGAAAUCUGCUGUAACCAUUGCAGCUUUAAAAGAGGGGAGCGUGGGGCAGGGAGGGAGAUUGGCAUUUUGUGGAUGAAACUUUGCUGAUUGGCCGGGCUGUCGUCUCUGCUACGAGUGGAAGAAGUCCUAAAAGUUUCCUUUGUUCACGGAUCUGGGAACGAUGGAACUUUUCUUGACUGUGGAAAUGAAAUGUGCAGGAGGAGGCCACCUCCAGCCUUGUGGGGACAGUGGUAUGUUCGGGUGUCCGAAUAAAGUGGUGAAUGGCACUAA